AGGAAGAAAAUUCCUGUGUUAUUAUUGGUUCAAUCUAUUUAUUGUGUUGGUCAUUAUUGGAGAAAGGAAACGGAACAUCCGCUGUUAUAUACUUGAAUAGAGUACAUAAAUUAUGAUACAGCGCUAGCAGCAAUUAUUGUUUGAAGCAAACGGAACGCCACAAUCAUCACCAUAAGCAUGGAGCAAUCAUUUGUGAUAUGGAUAACAGCAAUAUCGUUUGCUGUGGCAUCCCCAUUAGACGACUAUGUACAUACUCCAGACUCUCAUUACAGUUUCUCAGAAGUUAGUAUGAAGAAAGGACCAGGCUAUACUUUAUACGUGUACAAUAUGACCUCAUUGAAAUGGAAAUCUGAAGCUAUUUCAAACCAUCCAGUAUGGUGGCACUAUUUAGAAAUCACUAUUCCUGACAAAAUUGUGCACAAAGAUACCGCUUUAAUGCUGAUAGACGGCGGACACAAUGUACCCAAAUUGUCACCAGUAGAUGAGGCAUUUGUAGCUAUAACUACUACUUUAGCAGUAUCAACCGGCAGUGUUUGUGCUGACUUAAAAAUGAUACCUAACCAGCCUAUUGUGUUCAAGGAGGAUCCAACAAAGAGGCAUCGAACAGAAGACGCUAUUAUUGCAUGGACAUGGAGAAAAUUUGUCGAGAACAAUGGAUCAGACCCGGAAAUGAUUCUGGAAUUCCCAAUGACAAAGGCGGCUGUUCGAGGCUUAGACACGAUUGCAAAUGUUGUAAAGACGAAAACUGGUGCCAAUAUAGACAAGUUCGUCGUCACAGGAGCUUCAAAGCGUGGUUGGAUAACUUGGUUGACUGGUGCUGUAGACAAGAGAGUUAUAGGAAUAGCUCCAAUAGUGAUGGAUUUGCUCAAUUUUGUUCAGAACUUACAUCAUCACUAUCGAUCACUUGGUGGCUGGACUUUUGAAUUCAAAGAGUACUAUAAAGAAAAUUUUACAUGGUAUUUAGAUAACCCGUUUACGCAGAAAAUGGCUUCUUAUAUCGACCCAUUAGCAUAUAAUGAUAGAUAUGACACGGUUCCUAAGAUGAUAAUUACGUCUUCUGGGGACGAAUUCUUCUUGACUGAUGAUUCACAUUAUUAUUACAAUCAGCUUGCCGGACCUAAAUACCUCAGAAUUGUUCCAGAUGCAGAACAUACACUUAUAGGCCACAUCACCGAUACUAUGCUCUCUUUACGUGCCUUCUAUUUGUCUAUCUUAACAAACAUAGAUCUACCGAAGAUGUAUUGGAAACGAGAAAUUACCUCAAAUGGUGGGCGAAUAACGCUUUUUACCAAUAUGAAACCGAGGACAGUUAAGGCCAAAUUUGCAGUUACAACAGACACCAAAAGACGUGACUUUCGAUUGUUUGUUGGUGAACCAGGCAAUUCUACACAUAUGUAUCCUCACCCUGUUCUCUGGUUUUCAGACAAGAUUAAAGACCAUGGAAACAACACCUUUGUCGCAGAGUAUGAUAAUCCACUAGAUGGGAGAUGGCUGGCCUUUUUCAUUCAGGUAACUUUUGAUGGGGUAGAUGGUUCUGUGCAGGAGUAUACAACAGAAGCACAAAUUAUACCAGAUGUAUUCCCAUUCCCAGAUUGUCAUGGAAAAGACUGUCAUGGCUCUUUAGUUUGACAAUAUAAUUUUACCCUUUUAUUUUGAUAAUCUUGAUACAAAUGUUUUUAUUAAAAUUGUCUUAGUUUA